AUGCUGCGUCCCCUGUGUCUGGUUCUGCCUGUGGAACCUGUGUCUGGUUCUGCCUGCGUCCCCUGUGUCUGGUUCUGCCUGUGUCCCUUGUGUCUGGUUCUGCCUGUGGAACCUGUGUCUGGUUCUGCCUGUGGAACCUGUGUCUGGUUCUGCCUGCGUCCCCUGUGUCUGGUUCUGCCUGUGUCCCCUGUGUCUGGUUCUGCCUGUGUCCCCUGUGUCUGGUUCUGCCUGUGGAACCUGUGUCUGGUUCUGCCUGUGUCCCCUGUGUCUGGUUCUGCCUGUGUCCCCUGUGUCUGGUUCUGCCUGUGUCCCCUGUGUCUGGUUCUGCCUGUGUCCCCUGUGUCUGGUUCUGCCUGUGUCCCCUGUGUCUGGUUCUGCCUGUGGAACCUGUGUCUGGUUCUGCCUGUGGAACCUGUGUCUGGUUCUGCCUGUGUCCCCUGUGUCUGGUUCUGCCUGUGGAACCUGUGUCUGGUUCUGCCUGUGGAACCUGUGUCUGGUUCUGCCUGUGUCCCCUGUGUCUGGUUCUGCCUGUGGAACCUGUGUCUGGUUCUGCCUGUGGAACCUGUGUCUGGUUCUGCCUGUGUCCCCUGUGUCUGGUUCUGCCUGUGUCCCCUGUGUCUGGUUCUGCCUGUGGAACCUGUGUCUGGUUCUGCCUGUGUCCCCUGUGUCUGGUUCUGCCUGUGGAACCUGUGUCUGGUUCUGCCUGUGGAACCUGUGUCUGGUUCUGCCUGUGGAACCUGUGUCUGGUUCUGCCUGUGUCCCCUGUGUCUGGUUCUGCCUGUGGAACCUGUGUCUGGUUCUGCCUGUGGAACCUGUGUCUGGUUCUGCCUGUGUCCCCUGUGUCUGGUUCUGCCUGUGUCCCCUGUGUCUGGUUCUGCCUGUGGAACCUGUGUCUGGUUCUGCCUGUGGAACCUGUGUCUGGUUCUGCCUGUGGAACCUGUGUCUGGUUCUGCCUGUGGAACCUGUGUCUCUCACAGUAAGUGCACACUCAUCACCCAGAGUGCUGCAUCAAUCUGCUCUAGUGUUUGCUCAGCAGUUUCUACAACACGCUUCAAGACGAGCAGAGCAAGGGUGGAAAGCUGUGAAAAUAUUACAUACAAAUGGUCAGAGGACUAUUUCUUCCUUUAA